AUGCAUUCAGUUCUCCGAGCUGCGGGCAACGUCGGCGGGCUUCUCGCGGCGUCAAUUGUCCUGCCGUUAUGGUCGCUCCCAGUCGGCGCACACCCUGCUGAGAAGGCCCUGGCCGUCCCGAGGGCCGAGUCGACAUCAGUCCGUGAGCGCACCAACAUCAACAGCGCGUGGAGGUUCCAGCGGUUCGAGGAAAAUCCCGACGGGCUGUCCUACAAUGAAACCCUCAAGCCAUGGAUCCUGCCACAAGCCAACGACUUCAUCGUGGACGGCACGCCGUACCCCUACCCUUCCAACAGCACUGCUCCCGGAGCGGACGUCGUGUACGUCCAGUCCUCCUUCGAUGACUCCUCAUGGGAGCAGCUGAACCUGCCCCACGACUGGGCGGUCAAGGGCCCCUUCCUCGCCGAGGGCAUCAGUGGCGGCAUGGGUCGUCUCCCCUCCAAUGGAAUUGGCUGGUACCGCCGCAACCUGACCUUCACCGAGGCCGACGUCGAUGGCACCAAAUCCCUCUACUUGGACAUUGACGGCGCGCAGUCGCAUGCAGCCGUCUGGGUCAAUGGCGAGCUCGUUGGCGGUUGGCCAUACGGUUAUGCCUCCUUCCGGGUCGACCUUACAGAUCACGUCAAGGCUGGAGAAGAUAACAUCCUUGCCGUGCGCCUGGAGAACCAGAUAGAGUCUUCUCGUUGGUACCCUGGCGCUGGCAUCUACCGCAACGUGUGGAUUGUCAAGGCUUCCAAAGUCCACGUCGCGCAGUCAGGCACCAAGAUUAGGACGCCUAGUGUUUCGGUCGACUCUGCCACAGUGGACCUGGUCGUUGAGAUCGAGAACAAGCUGGAUGAGGCCCAGACUGUCGAGAUCGCCACUGAGGUCCACCUCCUUGGGUCCGAUGAAGUUGUAGCCACUUUCCCCACGGCAUCGGUCGACAUUGAUGCUCAGGGCAAAGCAACCUCCAACGGCACAGUGAGUAUCGCCAACCCCCAGCUAUGGGGCGUGCUUCCCUCUGGUACACCCAACCAGUAUGUUGCCGUCACGACCGUAUCCUCUGGAGACACAGUCCUCGACACCUACGAGUCCAAGUUCGGCAUCCGCACUCUAGAAUACACCUCAGACGGCCUCAUCGUGAACGGCGAGCGGGUUUACGUCAAGGGCACCAACAACCACCACGACCUUGGUAGUCUCGGCGCCGCAUUCAACUACCGUGCUGCAGAGCGCCAGCUUGAGUACCUCCGCGAGCUCGGCUCCAACGCCCUCCGCAUGUCCCACAACCCUCCUGCCCCCGAGCUCCUCGACCUCGCCGACGAGUUCGGCUUCCUGGUCAUCAACGAGGCCUUCGACGUCUGGAACCGCGCCAAGGUCGACAACGACUACCACCUUCUCUUCCCCGAGUGGCACGAGGCCGACCUGCGAUCCUUCAUCCGCCGCGACUUCAACCACCCCUCCGUCAUGGUGUGGAGCAUCGGCAACGAGAUCCCGGAGCAGUCCACCGCCGAGGGCGGCGCCACAGGCCAGAUGCUGAAGGACAUUGUCGACUCCGAGGACGGCACCCGCCCAAUCACCUCGGCCCUGAACAACGCCCAGCCCGGCUCGGCCCUCGCCAACGUCCUCGACGUCGAGUCCCUCAACUACCAGGGCGAGGGCCGCGGCGCCAGCUACGACGGCAGCUUCCCGCGCUUCCACUCGACGUACCCGGACAAGCUCCUCUGGACCAGCGAGUCCGCCUCGUCGCUCAGCUCGCGCGAGACCUACAUCUUCCCCGUGGUCGGCAACCAGUCGGCCGACGUCUUCGACGGCUCCGGCGGCAACAGCACCUCGCAGCGCGUGAGCGCGUACGAGCUCUACGGGCCCUACUGGGGCUCCUCGGCCGACAAGGUCUUUGCGCAGCAGGACCGGUACCAGCCCUUCGCGGCCGGCGAGUUCGUCUGGACCGGCUGGGACUACAUCGGCGAGCCCACCCCCUACGACGGGGACGAGUUCACGGCCCGCAGCUCGUACUUUGGCAUCAUCGACAUCGCCGGCUUCAAGAAGGACCGCUGGUGGCUGUACCAGGCGCGCUGGGCGCCCGAGGUCCGCAGCGCGCACAUCCUCCCGCACUGGAGCUGGGACGGCCAGCGUGAGGGCCUCGUCACCCCCGUCCAUGUCUUCUCGUCUGCCGAUGAGGCGGAGCUGUUUGUGAACGGCAAGUCGGCUGGUCGCAUCCCCAAGCCCGAGGGCGAGUACCGCUUCCGGUGGGACAACGUCACCUACUCCCCCGGUAGCCUGCGGGCUGUGACGUACAAGGGCGGGGAGGUCUGGGCCGAGGAGGAGGUCAGGACCGUCGGUGCCGCGACCUCGCUGAACAUCACUGCCGACCGCACUGCCAUCGCGGGUGACGGGUAUGACCUGUCGUUUGUUUCGAUCGCGGUGGUUGACGAGAACGGCGACCGGGUGCCGUUUGCAGAGAACAAGAUCACGUUCACGGUGGAGGGUCCUGGCGAGAUUGUUGCCACGGACAACGGUAACCCCACUGACAUGACCGUCUUCCCGAGCACGGUGCGCGAUGCCUUCAAUGGAUAUGCUCUGGCUAUUGUGAAGGGGACAGGAAGUGGCGACAUCACGGUCAAGGCGAGCGCAGAGGGGCUCGAUGGCGCCGAGGUCACUGUGACGGCGUCUUAA